GUGGUGUGGGGAGAGAUGGAGGCGCUGGCUGGGGGUAGCAUGGCUGCGUCUCUUCCAUGCGCGCCUUUGACGCCGGAGGAAUUAUCCGGACAGCGGAAUUCGCCGAGAGCAAAGCCGAAACUCGCCAGCUUGGAGGAAAUUAUUGCUGCCAAACCAAACAAAACACCAAUUCAGCUGUUGCUUGAAUAUGGCACAAAAGCUCACCUUAAUCCUGAAUAUGAAUUUGAAAAAGCUGAGGGAGAAGUACACAUGCCCAUUUUCACCUAUAAAGUCACCAUAGGUGACAUCAUUGCAACAGGAGAGGGUCCCAGCAAAAAGAUUGCAAAACACAGAGCUGCUGACGCUGCACUGAAUAUUUUGAAAAGCAGUCCAAAUCUCUGUAUUUCUAUGCCAGACCAUAUAAUCCCUGAACCUCUCAAUCAAGCACAGAAUCAGACCAAUCCGAUUGGAUCGUUGCAAGAAAUGGCUAUGAGGAAGGGUUGGAGAUUACCCGAAUAUUCCCUGGCCCAGGAGACUGGGCCACCUCAUAAGAGAGAGUUUGCAAUGACUUGCAGAAUUGAGACAUUUGUAGAAACAGGUAUGGGAACAUCUAAAAAAUUAGCAAAGCGAAAUGCUGCUGAGAAAUUACUUGAAAAGUUCCACAGUUUUUGUCAGGAUAAUAUCACAAUUUCUUUAGGAAAAGAACAAAUGCAUAAUUUGGGAUGCACCUGGGAUAGCUUAAGGAACUCUUCUGGCGAAAAAAUUACUAUGUUGAAGAUAAGCUCCCUCAGUAUUCCCAAUACCGACUAUAUUCAGCUCCUUGGAGAAAUUGCAGAGGAGCAAGGUUUUAAUAUAAAAUAUUUGAACAUAGAGGAGUUGAGUGUGAAUGGACAAUUCCAGAGCCUCGUAGAACUUUCAACCAAUCCAAUCAUAGUUUGCCAUGGGACUGGAAUCUCCUGGAGCAACGCCCACAAUGAUUCAGCCCACAAUGCGUUACAGUAUUUAAAAAUCAUGGCUGGGAGGAAAUAACCUUGAAAUGGGGAAAAAGAAUAAACAUGGGUAUAUAUACAUACCCAUAUAUAUAUAUAUAUAUGUCUCUGUCUUAAAAUUGAACAAUUUUCAAAUUAUUGAGACUUUUUUUAAAGUCACAUCACAACCUCUGCAUUCAUAAUUGUAUAUUAUAAAGAAAUUGUAACUUAAACCUAUUAUGAUGUUUUUGUUUAUUUAUUUUGGAAAGCUAGAAUCAGGAAAACCAAAAGCUGUGAGCAGGGGAUGAGACACACAGCCUGCAAUUCUGUAGCAUUAGAUGAAUUGCAAUUCUCAGUAUCAAAAUAGUCAUUAGUCUGCGAGCAGCUGUUCCCCAAAAGCAGCCUCAAAUCCAUUGCCUCCUUUCUCAAAUAUUGUUUUGUACAAGGAUGGGGAAGUCUGGCUUGAGGCAAACCUGCAGAAGAAUGCAGUGUGUGUUGAGGGAAGGAGUUUGUUUCUUAAGAAUGCCAUGCAUUGGGAGCACGAAGUCCAGCUCGUUUUUCUCCCUUAUUUAUUUCUUACAGCAUUAAUUUUGCCUUGUCAAAAUGUUUAGAUAUUUCACAGUGAAACCACAAAGCAAAACAUAAACCAUAACUUAAUACUUUUAAUAACAUCUUACUAAAAGUAGAUUAAAAUUGAAAAUCCAACUCUGAAUAAAUCAACUAGUUUCUUAAAAAAUCAGAUUGACAUCCAUAUCCAUAAAGCAGCCCAGCAUGUAAAUAAUUCAAUUCCUCCAAGCCCAGUGAAACAAAACUUCUCCAGGGUUUGCCUGAAGAAUAGUGUUGUUGUGAUCCUCCAGACUCCAUUAGAAGACAAGUCACCAAGCAAGGUGUUCCUCUUAUCAUUCCCCCAUGUCCCAUAAGAGGCAGAUGGGGACAUUAACUGGCCUGAGGUCACUUCAGUCAGCUGAUUUUUCUGUUAUGCCAAACCACCUACCGUACAGCCAAAUUCAAACAUCCAGCACUCCAAUUUGACUCCCAUACAAUCAGGGGAAGGGAAACUGUUCCCUAUUCCUUGGCUUGUAUAUGAUGAACUCACUGAAGCAUCAAGUAGUUAUAGGCAAGCCCUUCAUUGCCAUUAUGACAGAUCAUAGUCAGAGACAGACUAUAGACUAGUACAGAGAUGACUUUGGGGAAAAUGUGACCAUUAGUAGAAAGUGAGGUCAAUCCAGGAAAAUAAAGUGACAAAGAGACUGCAGCCUUUUGACAGUCUUUGGUAUAAGGGAGGGGAAGGGAAACAUUGUCAGGCUUCCAAGUUUUUGUUAUCCCAGUAUAAUCUACAGCAAUGGAUUUUUAGUAUUUCUUGUGGUGGCUUUCCUGACCUGGCCUAUCUUGAAGGGCUGACAGAGUUGCAGCUUUUCUCUUCCCAGGCUGCAGUUUCUUCAAGCAGCUGAUACCCUCCCCUUUCACUGGGGCUGUGACAGUAGUGCCAAACAAGCCCCUUACUGAACUUGUUAAGUCUCCCACUGUAGUCCUCUCUGCUUACACAUGUGGUUCUGUGUCUGCAUGGCAGCAGAUAAGUUGUAAUGUGUUAUAGUGACAGAGGUGAUAAUAAUGUGCAUCAGCUAGAAUUAAAAUACCACGUUUGUCACAUUGAUAGUGUUCCCAUUUCCAGCAAUUCCCUCUUUCUUCCAGUCCUUCCCUUCCCCCAAUUCACAUGUUCUGCCUUCCACUUUCUACACUUUGCUUCUCUUUUGUAUCCGUCACUUGGUGCUCCACAAUAACUGAGUUUCACCAGCUUUCCCAAUUUUCUGCUUUUCCAUUCUGUUUGAUUCAUAAAUACUUGUCCUACAAUCACAUCUCUAUUCCUCAAUUCCUCAGGAACUGCCAGGAUGAAAAACACACAUACCAAAAAACCUUAAGAUCCCUCCUCCAAAAUGCCAAAUAUAAAUCACUAGCUUGCAAAAAUACGACUGACAGAGUGGUAAUAUUUACCAAACAAUCAUGUUGAGCAUCAUUCAUCUAUUCACUUGUACACUUUAUUAUAUACUCUCCAGUUUUGCCUUAACAGCAAAUACUUGGGAUAAUGUACACUAGCCUAAACCACACAAUAAAUUUCUAUGACUAAGGGUGGACCUGAAUCCAAGUCUCCAGUCCAGGUUUUAACACCCUAACCACUGUAUUAUUAUCUUGGAUGUCAAUUUAGUUUUAAAUGUGUCCUUCACUCAAAUAAUAAAAGUGAUUUUAAAGGUGUGCAGUGAUGGAGAAAAUCUUGUUUCCAUUCAUUCUUUGUGAUAGGUUUACAGACCAGAUGAGGAACCAUCAUAAACUGUGGUUGGGCUGGAUAUUGGACAUGCCUCCUAUUAUACAGUUAGAGCAGUACACUAGAUUACAAUCACAUUACAAUGAGAAAAGAGCAAUUAUGAAUUAUGACUUAAAGAUAUAUUCUACUGGAUGUUAUGAAAAAUGGCUAACUUUUUUUUUUAAAUAAUUGCAUAUUUCAGUAGCCAAGAGCAUGGCUACUGAUCUCUGCAGACUUUGAAGUUAUUUAUGUAGGCUGGCAUUUCUUUUAAGACUUCAUGUCUCAUGAACUACAAAACACUUUAACUUUUGUAGCAAAAGGCUGAAUAGUGUCUUCAUGAAAAUGCUUACAGCUGGGACCUCAAAAACUUGUUUUUCUAAUAUCUGAAGCUUCAAAGAAAUGACUUAUAAUUGUACAUAAUAGCCAUUAUAUAUUUGUUUUUGUGUUUAAAUUUCUUCUCAAUUGUGGCCUUUUAAAACAUGUUUGAAGAUUAAUUUCACAGAAAUGAUAAAAUUUGUUACCAGUUCUUUUUUCAUUAGAUGUGUCAUUCUUUAAUAAAUUGCUUUAAAUGAUA